GCGCCGCUGAUCGUGGAGACGAACGGCAUCGUCACCACCGCCUACGGUCAGAAUGACCUCUUGGACGAGAAGGUGAAGCAGAACAUCGGGGACGCGGACCUGCAGAACGGCGGCGUCCCCGCAAAGACGAUGUGGGGCGGCGAGGAGCUUCUAACCUUGGACUACGGCAAGCUGACGGCCAUCGCAAAGCGCGAGUUCCCCGCCCAGCCAGCCGUCACGGUGAACCGGGCAAGGGGCGCCUUCACCAACGAGGGAAACGAGUUCCGCACCCUGGAGGCGAACCUGCCUCAGGGCGUGGUGCACCGGCAGAAACGCCCUGAGGACAGGAACGCCACCGCCGUGGUGGACCGAGGCAAGUGGGAGGAUCACGUCGCCGACGCCACGGAAGCCUACAACGCGCGCCCGCACGAGGCCGUGCACGCCGCGCACGUAGAGACCCAGCCCGCCAUCCAGUUCAGAGUGCUCCAAGACAACGCUGAGAAGUUCCAGCACAACAAGGCUCUUACGGAGGGGCGUCAGGCGCGGCUGCAGCAGGCCGGCGCCUUUCGCGCACCCACAAACGCUAACCGGAGCUUCCAGCCCAGCUACGGCCCGGCCAGGGACCUGGCGGACUUUGACUCCAUGACCGUAAGAGCAACAGACGGCAGCCAAACACUGCUGAAACACGCGCUGCCGGUGCCUAGAGGCAGCGUCCAGCCUAAGGCGGCUCUUACGAGGCGGCCCGCGCCCGCACCUGUGGGGCAGCUGCGGGACUUCAACCGCGCACCGCCGGCAAAAAGCAGGGGUAAGGGGGCGGAGCAGGUUUUCAGAGAACUCAACUGA